CAGGUAAGCCGGUGUGCACGUGCAGUUUGUGUGACAGAAUGCCACGCAGCACAACCUACGGAUAUUACCAGCCUGCGGGGCCAUUGAUCAAAGAGACGAGUGCUGAAGCAGAGCGCACACUCGCCAGAUACCAUCCACAUUACCACGCGCCGCAUCCACCGGUACUGCAGCAAUAUGGGCCGCCAUACUAUCCAGAUCUCUGUUAUGGCCGCUACUACCGGCCACCAGGGUCAUACCAUAUGCCACCACCGCAGCCGGAUGCACAGAUGGUUGGUGUCGGUAGUGAACCGUACCCUCCACCACCACAGUAUUAUGGCACACCGCCAUGUUACCAACAUUCUCCUCAGAGGAUACCAUACGUAGAAUAUCGCGGAUGCCCGUGCCCAUUAAACGCGUGUCCAAAAAACGUGCUUAUUGGGCCCGCUACUGGUAAAGCCCCAGCCGGUGGCGGCCCAGCAGAUGUUCCUCCUGCACUUGCGCCGCCCGGGGGCGCCUUCCGACCGAAGGUGCGGGCGUGCGCUCUUGACGCUGUCGCAGACACACAUGGCAGCGGCAAGGACCCGCCACUAGAACUGGAACCUCCAGCGGCAGCGGAUGCUCCUCACCCUCGUGCUAUGCCAGCAAUGGGUGGCGUUUCACCUAAGCGUGAGAUCUAUGAUGUUCGGGAUAAGUUACGCAUUGCUAAUGAUAUACCUGGACCUGCAGAGGCUCUCGGACCACCAUCACCCGCCCGUGGCUCAGCUGGAGCGUGCGCCCCACAGCCCCCACCUGUGGCACCACGCCGUGCUCGCCUCGGCAAGGCCAUGGCCAGGCGAUCCCUUGUAGGCGAUGACACCGGCCUCCUAUUAUCCACGCCACAACCUCCACUCCUUGUGCAUCACAGUGACGCUGAUGACGAUGUGCUCGCUAUUUCACCUCCAACGUGUGCUCCAAUCGACCUCUCUUCUUCAGACGAAAGGUCAACCCCUCUAGUCGAUGUUAAAAAAGAAAAUGAAGGUCCCACAUAUAACACCGCCAGAAAACCAGAAGCACAAGCACUUAGAGAGCAUAAUAGCACGACAGUUAUGGACGCUAACAUCGUUCCUGAUGCAGCUAAAGCUGUGAAACGAAGAUAUUCAAAACCCAAAUUAGAAAUUGAUAUGAAAGAUACUCAACUUGAGGAAUCUUGUAAGACGAAUGGCAUCGGGGAACACGUAAAACUCCAAAAACGAAGAAAGGUUUCGGGGGAUCAGACUGAUAUUCAGAGGGUAGAAACUAUCACUAAAGAACCCAAGAAAAAGCCAACUCAAGCUAAGAAAAUUCCAAAAUCGCCACAGGCUGAUAAGAAAACUGUAAAACGGAAAUCAGAAAGUGCGACGGGUGGCUCUAAGCCAAAAAAGAUGCUUCUCGAGAAUGAUGAAGACAAUAAAGUCAAAAAUAUUGUCGCAGUCAUCGAUGAAUCACACCCUACAAAACCAAAAAAUAAAAGUGCACUACUGCUUGAUAAUUUAAUUCGGAAAAACAGCAUCGACCGGCCUGAAACAAAAGGCUUAGACGCUGAACUAAAUCCAGCUGAACUAUUCCUAUCUCCUACUGAAAAUAUCGCACAAAUUAGUGCCAAGAAAACCUUAAACAUUAACAAUAAUAUUGUAGACAGUGGAAACAGUACCGUUAAUGGAGUUCGAGCCAAUACACUUGCCGCUGUAUCUCAAUUAAUAGGCAAGAAAAUGGCUUGUAAAUUAGAAAAAGUUGAUUCCAAAGUUAGUAACGAAGUUAAAUCAGUAUUAAAACCACCCACCGUAAAAUCUGUUCCUGAGAAUGACUGUAAACCUUUGAGUAAAAAUGAUAAUAUCGAAGAAAAGUUGAAACCCUGCACUAAAACAGAAACUGAAAUAGUCAUACCUCAAACCGAAAAAGAUGUACCAGAAAUAUUAAAAGACAAUAAAAUUUGUACUCACACUGUUGCGGUAGACAUACCAGCACAAGUAACUAUAACAUCAAAGGAAAAGGAAGAUUUUGAAUUAGAAGUUGAAGAAAUGGAAAUCGAACACGCGGAAAAGAUCGAAGACAAUGAGGACAAAAAAAUAACAGAGAAUGAAAAGGAGAAGUCAAAACCAGUAAAGCUGGAUAGAACGACGGUGAAGCGAUGCAAACUGUCAAAUGGAGAAAUGAAGGCUAAAAAUGUGGAGAAAGUAGUUAAAUUAUUGGUAUCCAAGAGGCCGGCAUUUAAAACAGAUGAGGCAACGUUAGUAGUGGAGGAAGCCUGUGCAUCUCCAACGCCCACAGGGCCAGGGAUGCGGCGAGCUAGGCGGCGGGGUGCGGGCCACUCACGCCGCGGCCGUCGCCCGCUUGUACCGCCCGCCCCGCCAGCGCUUGAACCCCACGCCCCGCCUCGCUGGAGUAAUGGCUGGAACUGGGACGGAGAACAUUAUCUAUCCAAAGUCUACCUCAAUAAUGACUCCAAACUGGACCGCACGGCACGAUGUUGGUCGCGCAUGACACACGCUAGUGGGGACAGCGUGUCACGAGGUGACUGCGUACUGUUGAGGGCAUCCCUAGCAAGAGCACAACCUUAUGUCGCCAGGGUUGCUAGUCUGUGGGAAAAUCCUGAUGAUGGAGAAAUGAUGGUGUCUCUGGUGUGGUAUUACCGACCGGAGCACACGGAGCUUGGACGACAGCCGGCAGAUGCACCCGACGAAGUAUUCGCGUCACGACACCGAGAUGCCAACUCUGUGGCAUGCAUCGAGGAUAAGUGCUACGUGCUCACCUUCAACGAGUACUGCCGGUAUCGCAAACGGCUAAAAGCGGCUGAAGAAGGCGUAACCAUCACCCCUUCGAUAGUACCUCCCAUGCCAGCCAGCGAGGUGAGCCCAGCAGUGGCGCCUAAUGACAGCCGCCUGCCGCCUUCCGUGUCCCCCGAGCUGGUGCUAUUCUGCCGCAAGAUAUACGACUUCAGGUCCAAGAAGAUACACGUACCUAACAAAUGA